AUGGGCAAAGACUUCCUGGCUGCGACGGUUCUUGGACAAUUUUUGCAGCUUUUCGUAGGUAGAAUUAAGAGCAUUGUUCAGCAAGUUGUUGGUGCACAUAUAAUCAAUUGUAGGAAAUCACAUCUACAAUUUGGUGCCCACUGUGGGGCCCUAGCAAUCAAACGACCAACAAAGAGAUCAAGAGUUCACUUGAGAGCCAUGUCAGACGUGACUGAGACACCCAAUCUGUCCGCCCAACUCGCUGCUCUUACCACCCAGAUGAAUAAAGAACUCAAGAAAAUGAGGAGGCUCAAAGCUGAGAAUGCUGAAUUGCUCGUGCGAAUGGAAGCCAUGUCCUCUCAAGCCACCGAGUUUGCUAGCAGCAGGAAACUUGAAAAAUCUGCAGAAGACCUCUACAUCAUAGUUCAACGACGAGGUGAGCCCUUACAAGAUUGCGUAGGCCGCUUUAACAAAGAGAAGGUGUAUAUAACCCAUUGUAAUCAGGACAUAGCCAUUUCAGCCUUCCGCAAAGGACUCCGCUAUGACUUAGACCUAUACAAAGAACUUACCAAGUAUCCUUGCAAGACGAUGGAAGACAUUCUCGCCAAGGCCUGUGCACAGAUCAAAUGGGAGGAGGAUAAAGCUAACUAUUAUCACUCUUCUCCAAGGAAAGACUCUCAAAGAGACUCAAGGGUAGACAAACGCCAGAGUGAUAGACGAUCCGAGCCAUACCCGUAUCCUAGUAGAUCAGAGAACAGGAGGGAGUACACCCGGUCAUCAGAGACACGUCUCCGAGAUGGACCAAAGAUACCAAAAUACAAUCUUUCAAUCUCAUUAACUAAAGUCAUUGGCGUACUGAAAGGACUCGGAGACAAAGAGGCAGACAAGUCAGUCAUCCGAAGAGAAGUAACCCCGCCAAAGCCACCUACUCAUGAACAGACAGUGAACAUAAUAACUGGUGGCUCUGAGGUAAGCGGAGUCACCCAUUCAGCAGCCAAAAGACAUGCCAGGCGGACCAACUGGAUUAAAGGAGAUUUCAGUGGGAUGGAGAAUAAUACCAUCAACGUACCAGCUCAAACCAUCAAUUUCUCAGCAACAGAGUCAACCAGACUCCUCAACCUACAUCACGAUGCUCUUGUUAUUGCACUUUACAUUGGUAAUUGUCUUACUAAACUUAUACUUAUUGAUAAUGGCAGUUCAGCUAACAUUUUGUUUAUAAGUGCUCUUAGGGAAAUGGGGAUAGAUGAAUCAAAGAUCAUAAAGAAGACUACAAUCCUCAUCAUUUUUAGUGGAGAGCAAAAGAACACACUAGGAGAAAUCGAGCUACCUGUCUAUGCCGAAGGAGUCAUUCUGUGCACAAGAAUCCUAGUAGUAAACUCUCCGUCUGCUUACAACGUGAUACUAGGUCGACCAUGGAUACAUGAAAUGGAGGCAAUCCCUUCAACGUACAACCAUGUUCUAAGGUUCCCAACUAAAUGGGGAGUAAAAGAAAUCAAAGACCAGCAGAAAGACUCAAGAGCAUGUUACCAAACUACCAUGAAGGCCAAACCUGCUCAGUUAUAG